GUGCACCAGUGCGCGCGCGCGCAUGCGUGCAUCGAUCCACACACACAGACACACUCCCCGCGUGUCGCGCCUAGCCGCGAGCCCGCGACCCGUGCGCAUGCACACGGCCGGAAUGGUAACGCAGGCAGAACACGCCGCGCGUACGCGAGAGCGCAGCAGCCGCGACGAGCAACAGAGACGUGUACCGAUCCGUCACGACGUGCGCGCGCGCGAGCGAGAGGAUGAGCGCGGCGGAGGAGAGAGGAGAUCGGCAGGAGCGGGACGAUGGGGAAGGUGGAGAGGAGGAGCGGCGGGAGCGAGGCGGGGUGGGCGGGCUGGUGGACAGGGCCAAGGGGUUCGUGGCGGAGAAGAUCGCGAAAAUCCCCAAGCCCGACGCGACGCUGGACCGCGUCUCCUUCAAGGGCGUCAGCCGCGAGUGCAUCACGCUCCACAGCCACCUCGACGUCAACAACCCCUACUCGCACCGCAUCCCCAUCUGCGAGCUCACCUACACCUUCAAGAGCGGCGACAAGGUGAUAGCGUCCGGCACGAUGCCUGACCCAGGGUGGAUCGCGGCGAGCGGGACGACAAAUCUGGAGCUGCCGGUGAAGGUGCCGUACGACUUCAUCGUGUCGCUGAUCAAGGACGUGAGCGGGGACUGGGACAUCGACUACGUGCUGGAGGUCGGGAUCACCAUCGACCUCCCCGUCGUCGGCAGCUUCACCAUCCCGCUCGCCACCGAGGGUGAGAUGAAGCUCCCCACCUUCCGGGACCUCCUCUUCUGAAAACCUUUCUGAUUCAUCGGGGCAUAGCCCAAGUGGUUUGUUAAUUUAACUUGCGUGUAAUAAGGAAUGUACGUACGGUGAAAAUCUUGUUGCAGCAUUGUCAGUUGUUUGCUGUUUGCUCCAUUUAAUUGGCGUUAGGAUUGCUCAGAUUAUACUAGCUAGUUGGUGCCAAUCUUCGAUAUGUGUACUCCGGCCCUGUAUUUUCUUGGCAGGCUCUGGUGAUGCUGCCCAUCAGCCCAUGCAACCGUGUUUCUUAUCUGCU